UGUUUACAGCGCGGUGGUGUGCCCGGCGAGCGCACGCAUUCGACACUGUUUAACGUGCGAAAUCGAGUUUUCCGGCGGCUCUCGAGCUGCAAUCGCGUCUAUGGUGUUUUCCUCACAGUUUAUUGGUGCUAAUACAUGUCGGACGUAAAGAAAACAUUCGGGAUACGAGUCAACACUCAGUUCCGAGCGUACUUUCGGUGCAGCUCAUAAAAAUUAUACGUGUUUUCGGCGGAUGCGAUGAAUAAAUUUUGCAAAUCGAGUCUGUGUGUCGAAAAGGUUCGUGAGAGCUAUGUUUUGAUCGGUCGGCGUGUAGUGGAAGUGCCGGGCGGUGCGGACGCGAUACGGCUUGCUGUCCUCAUCCUGAUCUCAGUGAAACUGAGGCUGUUCUGCAAGUUGUUUUCGCUACGAGCCCUGGGACUGGGAGCAGUGGCGGCCAGGGACAUCCCGCAGGAGCUCCUGGAGUACACGGUGCCCGGCACGUGCUGAGAUUGCACGAACAGUGAAACGAACGUUACCCGUGAAGACUUCUUGUUAAGAAGACUUAAGUGCCAUUCAUAACAAGUUUACCACUCGCAGUGAUAUUUAGUUAUAUGUUAGUGAUAGUGUGUAACCGUGAUAUAGUCAUACUUAAUUUAGGUGCUAACCGCUAUCGGUAGUUUUUAGUGCAGAAACGUUACCAAAAAGUUACGAAACUGGCUCCUUACAAGGAUAUAAUGAAUUCGACGAGCAUGAGCUCUGCGGUGCCUACGAUCAAGUGCGAGGACACGUCGCCGUCGCCGGCGGCGGCCGUGGCCACGGACGGCGACACCGCGAGCACAUACAACCUGAGCGUCAACGUGAACCUCAGCGCCGCCAUGAUCAACAUGCUGACGGCCGAGACCGCGGGCCCGACCACCCUGCGGACCCCCGAGAUCGUCAACGACGUCAUCACCAUGACCAACCCUCUAGACCAGUACAACUACGACAAGAAUUCCAGUUUCAAGAAUGCCAGCAAUAAUGACUCCAACUCUUCAAUGUCCAACGGCUCGUCGGCCACCUCACCAGCUUCGAGCACCACACCGAGUAUACAGAAGACUUGUUCAGAACUAAUAAAGGCUGGUCUGAAGUUGUCGAUAGAGUCAAAACGGAAGAUGUCUGGGAGCGACACGGAUGCUGGGAUGAAGCGGAUGAAGAAAGAGGAGAGCGACGAUGAUUACGACAGCAGUCACACACUCACAAAUAAAUCUGAUGGGCUGACGCCAGAGGACGAGGAGCGGAGGCGGCGUAGAAGAGAACGGAAUAAAAUCGCAGCGACUAAAUGUCGGAUGAAGAAACGCGAGAGAACCGUCAACCUGGUCACCGAGAGCGAAGUGUUGGAGAGCCAGAACAUAGACCUUAAAGCUCAACUUAAGGACUUGGAAGUUCAGAAGCGUCGGUUGAUGGAUAUGUUGACAAUCCACGCAGCAUCGUGUGUGAAGUCGAACAAUUCCAACACGAGGCAGUCUCCAUCAACGCCGUACAACAUGAUCGGGCCUUACGACUCGCCGACAACAUUCCCCGUGUCGUUCGACGCGCACUCGCCCUACAUCCGACCCGAGUCCGCCAACAUACUCACGUCCAGCUAUACCUGCGUCACCCCGCUCAACGGGGACUCGUCCAUCGACACGAUAUCGUCGCUCGACACCAUCUAUGUAGCCCCACAGCUCACGGACGCGGAGUACCCCCGGGCCGACAGUGUACUCAGCCUACCGCCUACUUCGGAGCGCAGUUACGUCACCACAGACGGCUAUCUCCCCAAGUCCACGAAUCUUCUCGUCCCGAUCGACUCCGAGCAGGACUACUAUGACCCGGAGGCGAACUACAACCUGGGCAACCAACAGUGCCACACGUAUCCCAACACCAUGCCCGAGUCCUCGACCAAACUCAAUAACGGUCUAAACGACGGCUGCCUCGUGUAGUUAGGAACGUCCACGUUAUCAGUAACCAUUUUUUGUCGGGUCCAAAUUUAUUUUCGACAUGUAUACGUAUAAUUUAAGCAUUGGAGUUAUUAAAAUUCGAAAUAGAAUGUCACCGUUUAUUAUAAUUAUCUUUAUUCAUACCAUCUUCCAGACUUAGCUUCCAUUUUACAUAAAUGCUUACUCUUUUGAAUGUUGUUAUAAAAAAACGUAAAUUUUCAAUUCGGUGGCAAUUAAAACCAAUAUUUUUAUAGUGUACGAAUUACAAAAAACAUAACAAAAAAUAUUUAAAAAAUUAUUCAGUCAUCUUCCAUGAACCAAGUUUUGCCUAUACAAUUUGCAGUUGUGAUAAAAUAUUUUAAAAUGACCUUUUUGUAUCUCAUGAUAAAGCUUCUUAAAGUGCCAGAAAAUCAACAAAGGGCGGGGAAAUUUAUUUCGAAACGAAAUCAUAUGUCUACUGUGUAGAACAACAACGUAGAGAUAGUUUGGUGCCUGUAUAACGUAGCUAGUAUGUAUGUUUAAGAAAUGGAGUGACAUUACCAUUCAGCAAUGAGCAGGAAAAACAUUUUAAUACAAAACUUUACGCAUUCUGACCUCCAGCACAAAAAAAAACUUCUUCGUUCUUUUACCACGAAAACAAAAAAGGUUACAUUUUCUUUUAGAUAUUGUGAAUUUAGAAUCCCCAAUUUGAUUGUAUAAUAAUGACUACGUUAACACGAAACAGUAACUGUAAAACAGUUCUUUAGGUAGGUAUUUCACAUAAUAUUUUAUUUUAUCUAAGUGUCUAAUUCUAACAAUUACCAUUCGUUUUAAUUUUUUAAGUUCUAUGAUUUUGCUUUGAUCUGUUUAAAAUAUUUAUUUAUUAAGAUCUGAUUUUACGGUGCAAUGAGAAAUGAUUUGGUAUUUACCGAUGGUGUCUAGUCUACAUCGGUAAGUCCAAAAUAUGAAGAGAGUCCCAAAUACAUCACAUAGCCUUUAACUUCCAGUACAAUGAUAGAUAUAGUAAUACAGUAGAUACCUCCUGUUGAAAAUCCAAAAUUAUAUAUUUUUUGUUACAAAAGUAUAUUCACAGAUUCUAAUGAGAUAUAUUCCACAUAAUAUACCAUGCGUUACAAUUUGUCUAAGGUAAUAUUAGUUAUAAGGUGCUUUAACUCAGAGUAAGUCGUGAUAUACCUAAUAUUAUUGUUAAGUGCAACAAGCGUUACUUGUUACAGACGAUAAUCAAUUAAUUUUAAGUAUUUGACAUUUCUAUAAUUAAGAAUGUACAUGUAACGAAUUGUAUGUGCACACAAAGCAACAUGACGAAUUCUACCAUUUGUCAAGUUCACGUGUCAUGCAACUAAAAACCUUAUUGAAUAUAACACAAAGACAAAAUUAAUAAAAAAUAAUGUCAGCAUGUGACUUUGACAAAUGGACCAAAUGUAUUUCGUGUACAAAGUCGCUUGAAGCGUUCACAAAACACCAUUGUAAAGUGCCUCUGUAUUUUAAUUCCGGACUAAAGCGAUUUUGUUAUUCUGUUAAUAUUUUUAUAUGGAGUUAGUAAGCUAUGAUAGGAAUAGACGUCUGGGCGAAAUAUUUGUGAAACUACAGCUGGAGUGGAAUAGAAGCACAAUUAUAAUAUAUUACGUAACAACCGGAGUUGUACUGUUGCAUAAUAAUAGAAUAACGUGCAGUUUCCGAAGCUAUGUGAAGCCCAGAUAUACGCAGAUCUAUGUAAAGACAGUGCCUUCUGCAUACCAGUGAUCCUAGUCUAUGUGGCUGCCUUACCCAGCAGUCAGUCGCGUGAGCAUUUAUUUUUAUAUUGUUGGUAAUAUUGUGAUAGCAAAAAUCUAUUUAUUAACACAGAGCACAAUUUGAACUAAUGUUCAUUGUUAUUUCUUGUCUAACAAGAAUGUAAAGUGUCCACGUCGUAGUUUCUAGAAGAGCCGUCAUUAUGCGAAAUGUAAUGGACUUUCUCUUAGAUUUGUAGUUUUCUAUACUUCUUUAUAUUUGGUCAAUGUUAAAUUAUGAAUUUGAUUGUUUGAACGUUUGUAGUCUUUUGUAUUUCGCUUUCGUAGUGUGAUGGUACCGUCGUAGUAAUCUUGCUUAUAAGAUUAACUUUAGAAGGUAUAGAAUAGUUAUUGUGAAUGGCCUGGUUGUCACGUUGAGAUUGAUCAUCAAUUUAUUACAUCUGCUAAAGAGAGGAGUUCUCGCCUUCAAACUAUUGGAUAUUUUUGUAAUUAGACAAACCAGUUAGAACACCAGUUUCAAUGAUAUCAAAUUUCGUCUCAGAGACUUUCUAAAGAUUAAAAUAAUCAAUAAAUUAUCAUCACCGGUUCUGUUUUCGCAUGGAUGUAAUAAAGUUGCUUGAUCAAUCGGUGACGUCAUCUACUUCUUACUUUAUAACUCAGUAUCUCUGCUGACCGCCCGCGUGGUCAGCUGUGAUAGUACAUUACUAUUGCAUAACAUUCGGUUGUAAGUUAUAAAACGACUAGUAUUACAUUUGUUUAACGAUUUAUUGUUGUUACAAAAUAAGAUUUAACUUUAUAAUUUAUAUAUGAGUAUUCGAAUCAACUUUAAAUCCGUUGUUAUAUCUCUUGCUAUUUAAGUCUGCUAUGUACUAAUGCUUUGAUAUUCAAGUUUUAUUAAAUUUUCUAUAGAUUUACAAAUAAUUUGAACACUCAUAUUCGUUGAAAACUAAAAUUUUAAUUAAGUCACAAAGUGAUUAAAAUGUAAUCAUAUUGUACCAUAUUCAUUAAGGAACCGUUGUUUGUUAUAAUAUCAAAAAUAAUAAUUCGUACUAGUUUUUGUAAGUGUUGUAAACAUCACUUGUACCUGCUUCAUAAAUAUUAAUAUUUUGACAGUCAAAGCAAAAUUAUUGCGCUUAUAUAUUGAAGAAUAAAUCAUUAUAUUGCAUA